UUCGUCCUUGAAAUAAAAACACUAAUUUGAUUAAAAAAGUAAAUAAAUAUUACCCAAAUAGUAAAUCUGCUGUCAAUGAAUUUUUUAAAUUAUCUGUAUCAUUAAUUGCUUUAGUUAUUUUGUGUAUUGACCUACCACACUAAAGUAACGAUCAUUCUACCAUAGUCUAUUUUGAUAUACAAAUACGAGUAUCCUUUAAUUAUUUAAGCAAUGGUAGAUGUACCCGUUCAAGAUAUGAACAAAAAUACAUUUACUUGGCACAACAAGAAUGGCUGCAAAUCUGCGAAAACAUACAAUUUAUUUAAUUAUUUUACAAGCAUUGAAGAUUCGCAUUCAAAAUAUCUUCAUUAUCAAAUGACCAAACCUUUGUCUGUUCAAACUCAACAUGAUUCUCCAUGUAAAAGUGAUUCUCCUCAACCAUUUUAUCAUAUUCAUCAGGAUUCAAUUAUUACACAGAAGUCAAGUCCAACACCAGUUAGAUUUAGUCCUCGUAUGGGUUCUAAUGCAAUCAAUUAUGCACGCUCAAGUGCUACAAAUCGGGUUGCAAUCACUCCCAACAUGUCACCAAUCAGCAGUUCUUAUGUAGAUCAAUCAAUAACAAAAAUUAGCUCAAUGUUUCCGACUGCAUCAGAAUCCCAUAUUAAAUCAUUAUUAAAUAAAUAUCAUAACAGAGAAGCUGUUGUUAUUAGUGCUUUGCAAGUAGAAAAACAUCCAAUUGCUACACCUGGACCAUAUACGCCACCAUCAGUUAGUCGUCAUUAUAUGUUACAAGCUAAUCCUUCACCCAUGGCUAGUCCAUCACUUAAACCAGCUCAUUAUUCUCCAAAAAUGAAACUCAGAUAUUUGAAAAGUGUAUUUCCAGUAGUAGAAGAAACAGUACUUUUGGAUACAUUAUGCAGUGCUGAUAAUAAUGUUAACCAAGCAACAAAAACAUUACUAACUAUGGGAUUCAACAAACGACAUAAUAUUACAAAAAUUGUGCCGAAAUUGCCCAGAGUUACAUUAACCAACAGUGAAAAUGAUUACGAAGAGGACGAUAUGUUUUGGUUAAGAAGAAAAACAUGUGAUAAUUAUGAUAAAACUAAAUCUACUUGUUCAUCUUGGCCUGUUUCUUCUGUUGUAUCAACACCAACCAAAAAAAUAAAUUUGGACGAACAAAUAAAAAUAAAACAAAGAUUACACGAUAAAUUUGAUGAUCAAGAAGAAAAAAUUAUAAUUUUUGCCUUGGAAAGUACAGAUUAUAAUGAAUUAUUAGCUGAUCAAAUUCUUAAAAAUCAUUUAGAUAAUGAAUUUAAAACAAAGGAUGAAAAUGAUGGUAAACUCAAAAAGGAGAUUUCUAGUAACAAAUCAAUUGAUGGCCGUGUUGUAACGAACAUAAGCAAUUCUAAAACUGAAUCAAGAAAUUCUACCUGUGAAAUACAUUUUGAGAGCCAGAAAAUAGCAGCAAAUGGUACACAAAAAAGUUUGGCAAAAGGUCCUAACAAAGAUUUAUUGAGCAAAAAGUGCUCAUCUAAAUGUGAGCUAGAUGAAAAAAAUAGAGUGAAACCCAAAGGCCCAAAUAAAUCAUUGUUGAGUAAAAUUCAUUCAUUAGCAAAAGGACCAAACGCUGAGCUCAAAAAAGGACCAUCUAAAGGAUUAGCUAAGGGGAGUAUUUUCCAUAGACUAUUUAGGAAAUAAUUAAUCUUGUUGUUUAUUAUUUUUAAUUCAGUACAUUUUUUCUAUAUAUUAGAUUCUUUGAAUGUAUAUAGGGAAUUUAAAGUUAAAUAUUUUUUUUACAUUAUUUAAUAUUAUUUUAUUACUAUAAGUGGCAAAUUUGUAGAUCAAUUAUAAUUGAUUUGUUUC